GCCUGGUAAUGGGUAACUUGAUGACGCAUCUGGGUUGCCUUAUUUGCAUUAUGUUGAGGCAUACAGAUGACGUCAUAAAAGUUAUCAGGCAAACUCCCUCUUUUAAACAACCUUGAAAGCGGUGACAGUUUUGAUUUUUUUAUGUGGCCACUGCUUGAAUCAUGAGAACCCUCUUUCAAAACGAAUAAGAAAAUAUUGAAUACUAAUACUAAUAAUACUAAUACAAAAUUAUAAACAAACCAAAGAUUUUACUGGUUGGUCUUGAAAGCUGAUAAGCGACAAAUUAAAAUAAUACAUCAUCAGAUCUCCACCAGUCAGUACUACUUUGUACUAAUGUAUUGUCUUUGUUUGCGUGGUUAAGUAGAAAUGUUCAGUGGCAAAAAAAAAGAGAAAAAGGAGAUCAGUACCACUAAGGGUACAUCAAGCUUUCAUCAAACAACAACUGUAAAAAAAUCAGAUCAUGGAACCACAGUAACUAAAACUACACAAAUCACUUCUUUAUCAGCUUGCACCCAAAGUUCCACAAGAGAGGAGAGAAGUCAUUCUUUUAGUACUACUGGGUCAUUUGGAUUUGAUGGAACAGCUUCUAUAUCUGGACCCAAUGCUUCUUCAUAUCAAAGCCCUUAUUUUAAUAGAACAUAUUCAUUGUAUGGAUCCAAAGUAACACCCUCUGUGGAUGCUAGUCCCUUUACACCAACCCGCCUUGAAACUACUGGAUCAUCUUCUUUCCUAGCAAAUAGAAGUGGAACAGCUACUGCAUCAAGUCCCAUUGUGUCAUUUUCAUCAGCUUUGCCUCUUAACCGCUUAAACUAUACCGGUGGUUACACUAGUCCUUAUAACAGAGGCGCUUAUGGAGGGAGCCAUUCUACACUUGCUGUUCCAAAUCAAACUAGUUCAGCUACUGCCAAAACUAAUAAUGCGGUUCCAACCUAUAAAAAUCAAAACGUCAAAUUAGGCAAAGCUUUACUAAUAAAUAAUGUUAAAUUUAUAGAAACAAAAGAUGAGAGGCAAGGAGCUAAAAAAGAUUCUGAAGACUUUGGGAAAUUUUUGAAAAAAAUUAACUUCGACGUUGAUCAUAAAUUGAAUAUGAAAGGAAAAGACAUGUUGAAAAAAGUUAAAGAUUUUAGUAAAUCGGAUUUUUCACGGCACGACAUAUCUUUAGUAGUUAUUAUGUCUCAUGGUAAUAAUCUAAUAAAAAGUGGAGAAAGGAUUAGAGGUGGAUUCACACAAAUUGCUGGAACUGAUAAUGAGCCUGUAUCCACUGAGGACAUAAUUGAACAAUUUGUGGCGACAAGUAGUCAUCCUAGUCUUAGAGGAAAGCCAAAGAUUUUUAUUUUUCAAUGUUGCAGAGGCGAAAAAGACCAAGAAAUUUGCCACGACGCAGCCCCAAUAGGAAAACAACUGAAGGAAUAUUCUGACAUACUUGUUGCAUAUUCAACUUUGCCAGGGUACUUAUCAAAUCGUGACCCCAAAUCUGGGACUUGGUACAUACAAAGUAUUUGCGAUGUAUUUCAAAAACAUUACAAAGACCAUCACAUAGAAGAGAUGCUCAAAAUUGUUGAUCAUCAGCUAUCAUUGAAACAUCCAAAAUUUACACAAACUUCCACUUAUGAAAGUAGGGGAUUUAAACAAUGUUUUUUAUGUAAAAAUUAGUCUAAUUUUAUAAAAAUAAAAAAAUUAGGAUAAAAUGUGACUAAGAUUGUAAUAGGUUUAGAGAAGGAUCAGUUCCUAAGUAUAACUGUGUUAUAAGGCUCAAUAUUAGAGUUAGUUAUUAGUUUAAGGGCCCGUUUAUUCACCUUCUGAUAAACUGUCAGGUAUGCAAUCUGUCGGAUAAAAACGCAAUCUGUAAUUCCAUUGGUCGGUCAGUUGUUUGUCGACCAAUGAACCUGAAGAUGAAUAAACCAGGCCAAAGUGAUCAAAAUAUGUUACCAGAGAGUCUAUAAUUAUUGGUUAUUAAUCUAUGUUGUAAAAUGCUAAAGAUCAGUAUUUAUUUUAUCAUCUAGUUUUGUAAAAGUAUACUUCAACAUAUGUAUUUUGAAAUUAUACACGUAUUCCAUAACAUAUUCUCAAACAAAAAUAAAAUAUCUUUCCUCAAGUUUUAGUAUUAUUGCAGAAAAUAUUUACUUGACUCCAUCUCUUAUUUUUAAUGUCACCAUAAAUAAUUUUCCAAACUUUCUGUUUAAAAUGUUGAAGAACAAAGGCUUAAGGAAUUAUUGAAUAUUGACUAUGGCUAAUAAAACAACAAGAAAAGUGUGCAAAUAUCAAUUUAAUUAACUCAAAUCAAAAAUACAGUAAGUGAUGUUAGCUAGGUAUGUAUAUCAAUUGUGUUAUUGUUAUUAGUUCAAAAAACAAUUAUGAGUUUGCAAAGGUACUACUUUUGUAGAGGUAUUUAUAUUAAAAGUAUGCUGCCUUCUGUUAUAAAAAUAAAAUUUUAAAUUCAACAAACAUAGUCAGACAUCACUUAAUUUUUUUCUUUAAAUAAAUCCAACAUAAAUAUGUAAUUGCUAUUUACUUUCCAGUUAACAUUUGACUUUUCAAAUUAACCAUAAAUUAUUCUUCAGUCAAUCCACAGUUUAUUAGAAAAAUUAUGGUUCAUUUUUCAAAUUUGUCUUGAUGAAUAUUAUCUAUCGCUAGUGUCAGCUAGUAAAACUGACGAGGAUAUGGCCAUUUUGGUUUACUAGAACUAAAUUUAUCUGGCUCCAAAAUAAAUUAAUAACCAUAGCAGGUCAUUUUCCUACAAAUGAUUCUCCCAUAUUAAUUAAUGGGGUAAUUGUGUUUUUCAUCUAGCACUGAAAUUUUGUACCUACUAGGUGAUUGGCUGUGCUUUGUUCAAUUGAGUCAUUGCCAAAGUUGUUUUUUUUUUUAUGGCACUGUGGAUGGCCUCAAGUAAAAAUAAAUGGUAGAAAAAAUGGUGCUAAGUAGGAGGUACCUAAAAAUUUAAGGAGUCAAAUGUUAAUAAAAAAAAUAGGAAAGGUUACUUUUUCAAAGAAUAUCCUAUUAUAUAACAAUAUUUCUACUCUAAAACUAAACUAUCUUAUCCAAAACAUGGUAUCACAAAAAAAAUUUUUGGUUGCUGCACUAAUUCUAAUUUGUCACAAAUUGUAGAUGACUUUCAGUCGUACUGUUUAACUCUAAUUCCCUCAACAUUUCAUCAGCUUUUUCCAAUAGUACUUCUGUAAAAAAAUUAAUUUGAGUCCCAAAAGUGUAUUCUUCGCUCGUGAAUUUAAAUCUCAAUCCAAGCACUACAUUCAAAGCUGACACAUCAUAAAAAUGGCACCCCGAAUAUCUGUAAGAUGGCUUUUUAUCAAAUCUGCAACCAACUGAUUGCGCUCCAAUAGGGAAUAUGCAAUCUUGUGUUAGAGCACAUUGCACCCAAGGUAACAUUAUUUGUUUGUGAACUUCUGGUGUGUUAAUUAAAAAUAUUACAUUUGCUUGAACCAUUUGUAAAAACUGAAAAUUUUCUGCAUCUGUCCGGAAAUAUUCGAACAUUUUCUUGUGCGUUAAACUGGUAACAGGACUUUUUGUUUUUAACAUGAAAGUCAAAACUCCUUGUUUUAGAACUUGAUUCUCAUAAAUAUCCAUAAUCAUUGAUUGUGUGACAUCAUGCAUAAAUCUAUAGUUGCAUUCUAUAAAGAGUAUGGCACCUGUAUGACUUAAAGCAUCCUGUAUUACCACAGGUCUGUAGGCAUGUAACUUUUCAUCCAAAAUGUGAGAAGGAAAAGUAUAUAGAUCUAAAGUAAUAAUUUGACAUCUAGAACUAUUGCAAUAAUUCUGUAAUAUUUUUAAACCACCAUCCGUAACUCCUAAAUUAUAAAUUAAGAUAGUGUUGUUAGGUAAAACUCUUGGAAUGUUGGCAAUAAAUCCAACAGCUUGACUUUCUUGUCCUUCCAGCACAUAAGUAACUACUACGGGUAAUGAUGUAUUUCUCCAUAUAUCUUUUGGAUAUAAUCUAGGAUUUUCUUCCGAGAAGCCUAAGGAAUCUAGUAAUUUUUGAUUGGUGAUUAAUGUUUUAGUUUCU